UGACGCCCGUCCUGACAUCACUUAUACUGGGGUACUGAGGAGAACCGCUGCGUAGAUAUGAAGCCAGAGCGGCUCGCGCGAGCCGCACUAAUACUUAAAACUGUCACUGAGGUAAUGCGCGAGGCACGUAGAAGACAUUUAACCUACUGAAUGAGAUACUGUGACUAAAACGGGAGAAACACGGAGGGACACGGACGACAAACUGUUUUCAGACAUACUUCUUUUUAGUGCUUGGACAUGCCCGACACAUUUGGUGUGCCUCUGAUUCUUUAUUAUGCCGACUUUCUACACUCAGGAAUGUAACAACGACACAACUACAUCAGACUCCAUCAUCUAUCAGGGUAGUUGCUGCGCUUAAAUUCCUUUUGCAAACUUGUGAAAACUGUGAGGGGAAACUGGCACAUCGCCGCGCGCUGCUGCGUGCUCUCUGGAGAUUUAUAUUUAAAGCCUCGCGCUCCGUGGAGGGUUGUGCAUCUGGGUAACCUACUUUAAGCAUUCCAAUAUAUUUGUUUUGUAAGAACUUGUUAUGAAUUUACAACAUUUUUAUUCUUAACUUGGAUAUUUAAAAUGUUAUUACUGAAUAACUGUUUUCCAAAUCAUUUACAGAAGCACAAUAUUGCGCAUCUUUUAUAUAUUUGCAAUUAAUCGGUCUCAUAUUUUUUUGCAUUGGUUCUAGGCGGUUUUUGUUUUAUUUUUUCCCCUCACAUUUUCAUUUGUAAAUUAUAGUUAAUCACAACCGUAAAUUAUAAUUCAUUCGAUUUAAUCUGACAUUUAAUUUAUUUGAUUGUUGUCCUGUAAAUUAAUUCGCACGUUUCCAUAUCUGUUCCAAACGUUUAUUCCGUUUUUAAUGUGACGCAAAGUAAUAAAGUACCAAACACUCGAUCAGAUCUGACAUUACAAUGGCUGCCAUAUAUUUACUGCAGUUAGAGAUGUAUUCAUUCGUUUAUACGUAAGGGGGUUUAUAUAUUAAUCUAAUAUUUAACAAAAUAUCUUCUACUAAGUUCUUAGAAGAAAAAAAAAAAAAAAAAAACAGCUGAUCGAAAUUGCUCAUCACAUUCGGAUUACAAUAGAGAAGACUAGUCCACGUGCACACUCAGUGGCAGGGCAUAGGCAGUCAUGGAUAGCGCGUGCUCUGCAGGCACGGGUCUGCCUGGCCACAACAUCAAUGUCACCGGAGGCACGUCUUCACCCACUUGUAACCAGAGUAAGAUAAAACUCGCCCCAUACUCUCCAGAAGCCACAGCUGCCUUUGCAACAGCCAUCACGUUGAUGAUUCUUAUUACAAUCGUGGGCAAUAUUUUGGUCAUCAUCGCUGUUUUAACCAGCCGUUCACUAAGAGGACCCCAGAAUCUCUUCUUGGUCUCCCUUGCGGCUGCAGACAUCUUGGUAGCCACCCUCAUCAUCCCAUUUUCGCUGGCCAAUGAACUGAUGGGCUACUGGUAUUUCCGCUCAGUAUGGUGUGAGAUUUACCUGGCGUUGGAUGUGUUGUUCUGCACUUCCUCUAUAGUACACCUGUGCGCCAUCAGUCUAGACCGCUACAUGUCUAUCUCACGCGCCGUCACAUACGGCGCAAAGCGGACGCACAAACGCAUCAAAUGUGCAAUUUUGGUGGUGUGGCUGAUCUCAGCAGUAAUCUCCUUUCCACCGUUACUCUCCAUGAACAAGAAAGGUGGCGAUUCAGGUGGGCUGCCACAAUGUCAGCUCAAUGAUGAGCGCUGGUACAUCUUAUACUCUACUAUCGGUUCCUUCUUUGCUCCUUGUCUGAUUAUGAUCUUAGUCUACAUGAGGAUCUACCAGAUUGCCAAGCAGCGCACACGGUGUCCUCCAGGGGAGCCCCGCAAAGAGGUCCCAGCUAAUGCCGCGACACCUGAGCACAAGCUCGAAAAGGAGGGUCUACAAAAUGGAAGAGGCGAUGAAACACCCGCUUCCCUGCAUAAAAACCCUAGGCCUCCAACUCUGGCUGUGUCCCAAGUGGAGUCCGCCCAGCAGGAGACAAGCAACCCGAUUGCCAACAACCUUUUGCAAGCCCCUUCGACAGCCUUGACGCCAACCACACCGUGUCCCUCCCUGUCUCCUUCGAAUUCAUCUGAAAUGGCUCCUAAUAAAGCUAAAGGAGGUAAGAAGGCAAAGAAGAUCAAGAAACAGCCCGACAAUAAUAACGGAGAGAGCAUGAGCUCUGACUCGGACACAGAGCAAGGUGGGAGGGGGUUAGAGGUCCCUUGCACUCCGGCCGUGACGCCGAGUGGCAUCCAUUCCCCCGCCACUAUCCAGAAAUACAGGGACAUGAUCGCCACCGCCAAAGGUGCCAAGCUGGUGACCCGGAGGAUGAAGCAGGAAGGAACGCCCAACUCGGCACGCCGCAAAGCAAUGGUGAACCGAGAGAAACGCUUCACCUUUGUGCUGGCGGUGGUAAUCGGCGUCUUUGUCAUCUGCUGGUUCCCCUUCUUCUUCUCGUACAGCCUACAGGCUGUGUGCCCAGAGACAUGCUCCCUGCCAGAGCCGCUCUUUAAAUUCUUCUUCUGGAUCGGCUACUGCAACAGCUGCCUCAACCCGGUCAUCUACACCAUCUUCAACAAAGACUUCCGCAGAGCCUUCAAAAAGAUUCUCUGCACGAACACCAAAGGCACAUUCUUCUGAAGCUCCUGAGGUGGAUUGCCUCCUCGGACAACAAAUAUAAAGCUAUUCAGAACAUGGACUAAAAGAAGCACAAUAACGGUGCUGUUGCGACAUAAAUGAAGGGCUUUUUGUGCUGCCCUGUGAAGUAAGGACAUCAUGCGAUUCGAAUGACUUUAUAUCUUGACCAGGUUGUGCUAUAAAUGGGGCUAAUCCAAAAAUAUUCAGACAUUGACAAAUCAAGCCUGAAAACAAAAGAAUUUCUGUAGACUAUCGCACACCUGUGAGGACAAGCCACAGCACACGGAGCACAAUACGAAGGUUAUUGUAUUUUUUUUUCGGUUAUCUUGCCUUUCUAAGUACACAAGGCCUUGGUGGUACUGCAAACUUGGAUUUCUCGAAGGAUUUCACCAUUCAGAAUUUUUACGUACAGCUUUUCCAUGCUGAUUGGUCUACCUGAUGCCUACACAGCAUUACUUCUGCGGAACAAAGCUGAAAGACACAAAAUACACUUGUGGUAAUCCUUGCCAGGGGCAAUGUGUAUGAAAUGAGCUGACGCAAGUUUCUCCAAACGAACGUUAAGGCUUCUAGUUACAGAUCCCCCCCUAGUGCAGGGCCAUUGGGGAGAUUUAAAACAUGCUCUGAUGCAGAAAAGCUCUGUGAAUACAGAACACCUGUCAUGGAUGGGAGAAAGCUGUCUUUUUCCGUCUUGGACUGGUUGCCAAUAGGCUUUAAGAUAGCAAAAUGUUUAUUACGGGAACUUUUGAUAUGUAUUAGGACAAAUGGUCUUUUUUUAAAAAAUAUGAUAAGACUCUUUGCAUCAUCAAAAAAUGACUUUAAUGACUGUGUCAGAUGACACAAACACCUCCUGAUUUCACUGGAGGCGCUCUUUCUGACUUGGUUCAGCACUUUUCUUUGUAUAAAAGAACAAAUGAUCAUUUGUUGGUGUACACUGAUCUACUGCACCCUAAAUGUCUGAACAUUCAGCAGGGUGAUACUUUGGGACUAAGGGCUGAUAGCAGUGAUGCUUUCUAUUUCUUUGGUCAUUGUCUUUUUUUGCUAAUGAUCCCCGUGUGUGUGUGUGUGCAGAGCAAAAUUGUGAAUUGUGUCCAACUGCCGUGUGUGUUUGGAAAUGUAUGCUGUGUGUGAGAGGGUGUGCGAAUGUUGUUGCGUGGAGGUUUCUUUGCAUAAGUGACGGUGUGCGAGUCCAUAUUCCUCCCCUGAUUCCACUGGCACCAGUUCAACUAUAUAUGUAUGUGCUUGAUAAAUGUGGCUGGUUUGCCAUAUCUGCCAGUGCUAUGAUUCAGCUACUUCUCGUGCCAAUGCUUUUACAUGUUUUGCUGCUAAACUCAUUUAGUAUCUUCUUAAACCAGAGUUUAUUUCAAAAGAAUCGUUUUAUUGCAGUUCAUUUUGAACAAAUCACUUUGAGACAAAUGAGGCAAAUCUAAGAUGAGAGCUGUAAAUUAUUAUGUGAAUGAUUUUGUAUUUAUUUAUCCUAUUUCCUAUUGUUUCCCCCUCAUAUAUUCCCAAAUUUUUUGCUUUCCCCAAGGAGAAAACAGACAUGAAGAGUUCAGUAUUAGCUAACGCAAUUGAAAAUCCUCCUACUGUACUUUUUUUAUUUUGGUAUGACUUUUUUUGUAUGUGUCAGGACAUUGCAUUCGGGCUGCAAAUUUAAAAGCUUUGUGAUUGACAGGAUCCUGGUAACUGUAUCCCUUUUGCCUCCUUGACUCCUCUUUCUUCAGUGUAAUGCUGUUGGUUUUCCACUGCUCUUUAAAAAUAAAACCGCUGAGCUGUG